AUGAUGAGUAAAACAAGUUGCAUAAUUUUCACCCUUGCGUCAAUUCUUAUACUUUCCUUAACCACCUUCAUCAUAUAUUUAAUAAUUGUCACCACGUUCCCAUUCAAUGUCAAGUUCCACAUAACAAAUUUUUCUCUCGAACAAUUCAAUCUCACAACCAACAACACCUUAUAUUACAACUUUAGGGUUAACAUUACAGCAAGAAACCCUAACAACAAUGGAAAAAUUCAUUAUAGGAGGAUCACAGCAGUUGCAUGGUAUAAAGAUCAUGAUUUUGCAUGGGUGAGUUUGACACCUUUUGAUCAAAGCAAAAAGAGUACUAAUUUACUUGGGCCAAUAGUUUUUGAAGGGAACUAUGUGAUUAACCUUAAAGAAAAACAACUUAAUGAAUAUAAAGAGGAGACCCGUGUUGGAAUAUAUAAAGAUUUGGCUGUAGAUUUGGAACUUAAAAUUAAAGCCAAAUUUGGAGGGUUUAAGAGUGGCCAUAUUUCGUUAGCGCAAUGUGGUCGUUUGAAAGUUCCUUUAAUUUCUAAUAGUGAAUCAUCAUCACCACCUAUUUUCAAUGUUACAAGAUGCAAGAAACGGUCUCAAGAUCAUAGUUCUUCGGUGUGGAUUUUGAGUUCAAGAUCAAGAAGAAGAACAAGAAGAAGAAGA